AAGCAAGCAGAAGAGGAAGUUUUCCUCCUUCUUCAAGAGCCUUGUCAUCGAGCUGGACAAGGAGCUGUACGGGCCAGACAACCACCUGGUGGAGUGGCACAGGAUGCCCACGACACAGGAGACCGACGGCUUCCAGGUGAAGCGUCCUGGGGAUGUCAACGUGAAGUGCACUCUGCUGCUCAUGCUGGAUCACCAGCCUCCCCAGUACAAACUGGACCCGCGGCUGGCUCGGCUGCUGGGGGUGCACACCCAGACCCGUGCCAGCAUCAUGCAGGCUCUGUGGCUCUACAUCAAACACAACAAGCUGCAGGACAGCCACGAGAAGGAGUACAUCAACUGCAACCGCUACUUCCGCCAGAUCUUCAACUGUGUGCGCAUGCGUUUCUCCGAGAUCCCCAUGAAGCUGGCAGGGCUCCUGCAGCACCCAGACCCCAUCAUCAUCAACCACACCAUCAGUGUGGACCCCAACGACCAGAAGAAGACAGCCUGCUAUGACAUCGAUGUGGAGGUGGAUGAUCCCCUGAAAGCUCAGAUGAGCAACUUCCUGGCUUCCACCACCAACCAGCAGGAAAUUGCCUCCCUGGAUGCCAAGAUUCACGAGACCAUAGAAUCUAUCAACCAGCUGAAGACACAGAGGGAUUUCAUGCUGAGCUUCAGCAACAACCCACAGGAUUUCAUCCAGGAAUGGAUCAAAUCCCAGAGGAGGGACCUCAAGAUCAUCACGGAUGUGAUCGGGAACCCCGAGGAGGAGCGGCGAGCGGAGUUCUACCAGCAGCCCUGGGCACAGGAGGCUGUGGGCAGACACAUCUUUGCCAAGGUCCAGCAGCGCCGGCAGGAACUGGAACAAAAUUAG